GAAACCCACACCCCCAUCGUCCUCUCCUCGUCUACCACUCGCUAGAUCUCUCUCCCUUUCGGUCUCGCCGAAACCAAGAACCACCAUGGCGGCAGCACCAACGGCGGAGGACAUCCUGGAGAUCCCGCCCGGCGUCAAGUUCUGCCCCGACGACGACGAGCUCGUGGAGUUGUACCUCCUACCGCGCGUCCGCGGCCAGCCGGCCCCAUUCCACGGCGUCAUCGUCGAGGACGACACGGCAGCCAGCACGCUGCCCUGGAAACUCUUCGAGCGCCACCACCGGGCGGACGACGACGAGGCCUACUUCUACGUCCGCACCAGCGACGCCAAGGACGGAGCCCGCCAGGAUCGCGGCUGCGCCGGCGGCGGGACGUGGGUGAAGCAGAAGCGACUCGACAAGGAACUGAGCGUGUGCGGCGAGAAGAUCAAGUGGAGCAGGAACAACCUCAACCUGCACCUGGGCGGCGGCAAGAGCGGCAGCACGGGGUGGGUGAUGCACGAGUACACGAUCACCUCAGCGCCAUGCCUAUCACUCAAGAUCUGCCACGUCGCCUUCACCGGACACGGCCAGAAGCGCAAGCGCGUGCCGGACGACCACGACGACGGCCAGGGUGAGCCCGCCGCGCAGCGGGCGUGCGUCGCCACCGGCGCCGCCGACAGUGAUUCUGCGACUUCAGUUUCUGAGUCGACUCCAACGACGGUCGGUCAAGGCUCCGGCGCGGCGCACGCAUCUGGAGAACAAGAACCCACGCAACGUGUUCUUACGGACGAAGAAAUCUCGGAGAUGGUCGAUGAUCUUCUUAGCAACGACUUGCUGCACUUCCUUUCCCCAGCGUCGGCUGUUGCAGAGACCUGCUUCGAGGAACACGUCCAAGCGGCAGCGCCAACAACAGAGCAGCAGGUCAAGCACGUGAUGCAGCUCCCGACGGUCCAAGAAUCCGUCACGGCGGAGCACCCGCAUGGAGAAGACCAGGAUCAGCAGGUGUUCUUGACGUCAAAGCAUCCGGCACGCCAGGGCAUGCUGGGGAGCUUAUGUGCGGUGCCGGACAUCGGCGACAUGGUCGCGGGAACACAGCUGGACGGCGUGUCCUGGGGAGGCUUCCACUUCUAUUAG